UGAAGUUGAAAUAAACUCACUCAAGAGAAAACAAGCACAUGACCCGCAUUCGGCAAAGAAUCUGAAAAAACCGAAGAAGGCUGAAGUGAACUACCUACCCCCUCAUGCUCAAGGUGAAUCUACUGCAAGUUUGGAAAAAGAGAGAGUGGAGCUCCUGAGUGAAAUCAUGAAAAGGGAUAACUCCAAGGUGGUAGCUCAAAAAAUGGCCAAGACGUUCAGCCUUCGUCGGGAGGAAAUAGUCAAAGAGGCCCCUGCCAUCAGUGACUGCAUGAAGCGCUGGCCUGCACUUUUCAGUGAAGCGCAGAUAUGUGAAGAGUUCAAGAGGAUAACAACAGUCAGCCUUGAAUCGACCUUUCUGGGCAAGCUGGACCAGUGCACCCCAAAAUUGAUGGCCUUGACCCAAUCAAAAGGAGGAGCUGCAGGCAUGAAGAUAAGGCACAUUAAGGACAUGCUCCUUGAGGACAACGCGAUUGAAAAGCGAAGAGAAAUUGCCAUUCGCUGCCUCAUAAUCUAUCUUGGAGAGAAGGAGGAGGACCUUUUCAAACAGUACUGUGAUGUGGAGGAGCUGGACGCAGACCUCGCCAUGCAAGUGAUGAAGAUUGCUAUCAUCGGUAAUGGGCAUGCGACCAUCAUCAUUGAGGGAAACAAGAUCCUGGAGGGGAUUGAUGUGGCCAGAUCCUGUGCCUUGCUCAUGGGAAUAAUCUAUGCUCUCAACCUGGACUAUCCCAAGCAGUUGAAAUUUACCUUUGAGGCCUUCCAGAAAUUAUGUCUUGAGCUUGAUGGACAAAAAGCCAGCUCAAAGGUAACGAAUCUGAAAUACGGCAUUUUCUAGAGUGGAGCCGCUCAACCUUGCUUGAGUGAGAUGCUCACAUAUCACACACACACACACACACACACACACACACCCACACCCCUUUCUGAUAAUCAUUGAAGUGGCCAACUUAAAGGGUUUCACAGCAGAUGUCACUAUCGUUUUGUACAAAUGUUGCUCAGCAUUUUAUCAGUUCAGUCACAAUGUUCGGACUUUUUCUAAGACGAGAUUUGUAGGUUGAGUUCAGGUUAAAGGUUUAACUAAUGUAAUAAUUGACUUUAAAUGCCAGCAAUCUUUAUGCCAUAGAUAUCAGUAUUAUCUUAUUUGAAAAUACAUCACACACACAAGCACAAACACGCACCCACACACACACGUUCUUUUAUUUUUGCCUCUGUUCUGUGAAGGUUUUAGUAUUUGCUGUUUGCACUUGCAAGGAUUUAGAGACGCUGAGGAUUUUGUGGUGUUAAUUUUAAUAAAUGGUUCUUAUUGAUGUGAUUAUUUGUCUGAAUUUUUGUUCAUUUUCAGCUGCAGGAAUGAAUUCCUAUAGAGCUAUUUUGCACCAAGAUGCAGCCCACCCACAAAAAAGCCAAAAUUGGAGUUUUGAACAACUUAGUCUCUUGGGAAACACAAAAAAAUAUUGUAACAUAAUGCUUGCAGAGAUCAACUUAAUUAUUAAGUUCAAUGUACUAAGAAAAGUGUUUAAUUGUGGCCAAAAAGCUUCUUCACCUUACUUAAAACAUUCUGUUGGAUCAACUUGAAUACUUGCAUCCCUGUUGACAAUUAUUAAGUUCAGUGUGAAAAGAAAUAUGUUUUAUUGUGGCCUAAAAGCUUCUUCACCUUACUUAAAACAUUGUAUUAGAUCAACUUAAAUACUUGCAUCCAUGUUGACAAUUAUUAAGUUCAGUGUACUAAGAAAUGUGUUUUAGUGGGUACGAAAAUGUGAUUCAGCAAACUCAAAACAUUGCUUUGAAUUAAUGUAAUUCUGCCAGCAAUUGGCUCAACUUAAAAAUUCUAGUGGAAAACGUUAACACAAGUUUUUGU